AUGUCUGCCGUUUCAAGCUUGGAAGAAUUCUGCGCCAAGAGCAAGACUCCGGCGCCGAAGUACGAUUACAUUGACGGAGAAGACGGAGGAUACGUUUGCAAAGUCAUUGUAAUGGAAAUCGAAGCCAAUGGCAAUGGUCGCUCAAAGCGCGAUUCCCGACAUUCUGCGGCCGCGAAUAUGCUGAAGAAACUGCGCACAAUGCCGGGACUGAGCAAGCAUAUGUCGGAUGAUGCCGUUGAAAAUGGCUUUGACAACGGUUCGGAUUUGUACGAUGAGCUGGGGAACCUAAAGCGCGAUAUGGUGAAGGAGCUGCGCGACUACUGUCUUCGCCACGAGACGCCGCUGCCCUUCAUCGAGAUUGUGCAGCAGUGCGGCACCCGAGAUGCACCCGAAUAUUUGGCCCGCUGCACGGUGGCCUCAAUCAUGCGUUACGGCAAGUCGGACACAAAAAGGGAUGCUCGCCAGCGUGCGGCCAUCGAGAUGCUGUCGGCCAUCACAGUUAAUUUGGGCAAGCGAGACGUCAGUUACCCCCUCGACGAAAUCAUGUUGACUUCCAGGUAGCAACAUGUUUGAAUCAUCCUGUUGCCAAGAUAGAGAUGGGAUGUUGAAGUCACCCAUAACUAG